AUGGCUCCGGUCGCGCAUAGUGAUAUUGAGGCCGGAAGCCAUACUUCGGACAUGGCCAGCCAGGACUCUCCCAUCCGCCGACAAUUCUCCGAACCAAUCCACCGCCCCCAACCUCCACCCCAUCUCCCCCCCCAACCGUCUCCAAAUCCCAUUGAGCACAUGGCCUCCGUCCACCCGCAGAUCGCCAGACGCGCCACCCUCGACGGCGCCGCCGACGAGCCCGUGGAAGCCGAUCGCGUCUCCACCGUCGCCGAAAUCGAAGAGAACGACGCGGCCGAUGUGGAAGACGAGCAGGACGACGACCUGAGCGAAGCCGCCGUCGAUGGCGUCGCCGACGGCGCAGAGACCACCGAGCCCACGAACCCGCCCGACGAGGACGAGGAACUCGAAGCCGAACCCGAAGCCGACGCGGACGGGGACACCGAAGCCGUCGACGGCGACGGCCACGAAGUCGAGUCCGACCUCGCCCUCUCGAAUCAGCUCCACGAGUUCUCCCAGCCGCAGGACUCAGUCUCCUUGGACAAGCGCGUCCAGAACCUGUGGAACCUCCACGAGGCCACCCUCUUUUCCAGCGACUACGACGAGACGGCCACCCACCUGAACCAGACCUGGGCCCACGUCUUCCUCGACCCCCUCGACCCCAAGCGCGGCAAGAAGCGGGACGGGUCCGACCUCCUCGACCGACCCGACCCCUACAAGAAGCCCCAUGUGGGCCGCGGCGAUUUCCUCGAGAUCACCCAGGUGGAAGCGUUCUUGCGCCAGCUCCGGGAUCCCGAGCUGCGCGCCUCCGACCAGCUCUACGCCAUCACCGAGAAUGUCGCCUACGCGCUCCAGGCCUGGCAGGAUGAAUACCUCGCCAUCGAGAAGCUGCAGAAGCUGGCGACCCGCCACAACGCGAAGCCCAGCAGCAACCCCCGCAAGACGGAGAAGCCGCGCAUUUUCGAGGACAAGAAGGAGGCGAUGCUCUACAACUACAAACACGACCCCAAGAAGGACAAGAUCAACCACCAGAACCCCUUCGUCCAAGGCGGCUUCAAACCGACCCUGGCCCAGGCCCGCAAGAUGGCCGCCAAGGUGGGCCCCGAUAAUCCCAACCCCGACGGGUGGCCGACCAUCACCAAGUUCGGCGUCGAGCACGUCCCCAAGUUCCAGAACCCGCCGCCCCGCGUACCCGUGGUUCCCAAGGCCACGCGCAAGCGCAAGGCCGCCGAGCUCGAGGCCGCCCGCGCCCGCGACACAGACCAGACACCCGGCGGGACGCCCGCCCCUGCGGACACGGAACCUGAGUCAAUCCCGCCCAAGCGGACCACGCGCGCCCGCCGGACGGACCCCGCCCCGACCACCAGACCUGCCGCCCGCGGUCGCGGACGCGGCAAGGGGGCCAGAACAGGCGCGCGCGCCGCCUCCGAAACGCCCCAGCCCGCCACGCCCACGGCCCCGGCGCGGGCGUCAGGUCGCAUGCCCGGUCGGGAGACCGCCGCGCCGGCCACCGCCGCCGGCACCUCGCAGACCCGACCCGGCCUUGCGACCUCCCUGGCGCCCCUCGAACCGGCGCCCCGCGCGGGGUCUGUCACGACUGCCGCGGAGAUCGGGGAUGGGGGGUUAGACCCGCUGGACCCGGCGGAGAUCGCCCGGCGCGAGAAGAUCGCCAAUUCCAAGAACCCCAAGCGCACCGAGGCCAUGCUCAACCACUGGGCCCGGUUUAACCGUGAAGGGCGAACGCGCAACCCCAAGCGGUCCAAAGCGCAGAUCGAGGCCGAUCGGGUGGCCGAGGCGGCGAAGCGGGCCACGGAGCCUGACAAGCUCGUGGUCAAUAACCAACCUACCGAGAGUCCGCCCUAUGGGGGCCCUCCUCCCCUGCGGACCGACGCCGGGCUAGCCCCCGCCCCGCCACCGCCGAUGGCCGCGUCCGCGCCGCUGGCGCCAGGCCUCCCGGGGGCACCCCGCGCCUGGCUCCCCUUACGGCGCCCCGGGGGCCCUGGGGACAGGAAACAUGGCCCCCUACGGCCCCAUUGA